AUGGAACCCGACAGGAAGAAGUCAGUCUCUCCAGAACCUCCCCCACCUCCAGGAUUCUUGUCUUACGGAGCUCAUCUCCUAGAUUCUGCAUUCAAACAGUACAUCCCAGCUGCGAGAAGACAGCUCGUCUCUCACUAUCCCUUACUAUACUACGGACCAGAUCUGGUAUCGUUGACUUAUGCCCACCAGCUCCACUUACCUCGGCCACCGCCACCGACAUCGCCAGUACAGCGGCCACCGAGCCCAAGAGCGCCGGCCGCUGAUCAUGCUGUCUCGUCAACGACCGGUCCAACCACAUCACCAGCUAAGAACAAGAGCUUCGCUUGCGGAGAUUGUGGGAAAGUCUUCAACGCGCAUUACAACUUGACGAGGCACAUGCCGGUCCACACGGGAGCCAGACCCUUCGUGUGCAAGAUCUGCGGGAAGGGCUUCAGACAAGCCUCGACUUUGUGCCGGCACAAAAUUAUACAUACAUCUGAGAAACCACACAAAUGUCUGACUUGCGGUAAAGCCUUCAAUCGGUCUUCCACUUUGAACACCCACGCGAGGAUCCACGCAGGUUACAAGCCCUUUGUCUGCGAGUUCUGCGGGAAAGGUUUCCACCAGAAGGGCAAUUACAAAAACCACCGGCUCACCCACAGCGGGGAGAAAGCUUACAAGUGCAACAUUUGCAACAAAGCUUUCCACCAGAUUUACAACCUGACUUUCCACAUGCACACCCAUAAUGAAAGGAAGCCGUUUACAUGCAGCAUCUGUGCUAAAGGCUUUUGUAGGAACUUUGAUUUGAAAAAGCAUACAAGAAAACUCCACUUAGGAGCAGGAGGAUCUAACAAUGAUUCCUCUUUGGACACGCAAGACGAGUCUACUCAAGAGGCGACCACCAGUCCCUCGGAGGAGGCCAGCAGAGCCGCUUUCAGGCCGUUCCUUGGGGCUGCGUACCCCAGGAUCCUCGACCCCGCGAGGAUGACCGCUCCCAACACCUUCUUCUCCAAACUGUUGUGACCCAACGGAUACUUCAACAACUUUGGAGACUCAAAUGAGUGAAUUGCUGAAGGAUUUGACAGUUGAAAGAUACUCGUGGUAACUUAUAGCUAAUGACUUUGUAAAUACGUCAUGUUAAGUAGUGAAUUUGCCGUUGGAUGUUGAUAUGAGCCGUCCGCAUUUUGAUGCGAUUACGUAUACGAUUGAGAUAGAUUUUUGUCAUUAUACCAAUUUUAGAAUAUAAACAACAAUAUACCCAAUUGUUAUUGCGAAGUUUACCUAAUGAACAGAAUUGAAGCUUGAACAGCUAUGGGAUAUAAUAAUAAUUGUGUUAUAUGGAUGUCAUUUUACUUGUACUUAUCUUGCCUGUAUUAUUGUGCUAUUGGUAUGUUAAAAUGAUCUCCAAAUAAGUAAAUGUUUAUGAUGUAAUUGAAUAUAGUGAUUUGCCGAUAGAUUGACUGGGGUG